CGCUUCAUCUCGGUGGAGCUGGUGGACGAGAGCCUCUUCGACUGGAACGUGAAGCUGCACCAGGUGGACAAGGACUCGGUGCUGUGGCAGGACAUGAAGGAGACCAACACGGAGUACAUCCUGCUCAACCUCACCUUCCCUGACAACUUCCCCUUCUCGCCGCCCUUCAUGAGGGUGCUCAGCCCCCGUCUGGAGAAUGGCUACGUCUUUGACGGAGCCAUCGGCAUGGAGCUCCUCACCCCCCGCGGCUGGUCCAGCGCCUACACCGUGGAGGCUGUCAUGAGGCAGUUUGCGGCCAGCUUGGUCAAGGGGCAGGGCCGUAUCUGCAGAAAAGCUGGCAAAUCAAAAAAGUCAUUCAGUCGAAAGGAAGCUGAAGCAACAUUUAAGAGUUUGGUGAAGACCCAUGAAAAAUAUGGGUGGGUGACCCCGCCCGUCUCUGAUGGCUGAUGUUAGCAACCUGCACUUGACAAAAAUGCUGAACAAAAGUACUGUGACAUCUCCUCAGUGCUGUACACCACCCAUCCUUUUCUACUUCAGCUUCAGUUACAUACCAUGAAUGUCAAGGAGACAUCUAAGUUAUUUAUGAACAGAUGUGUUUACAGAGGGAGAGAAAAAAAAAAGUGCUGUGUAGGAUUAUAUUUCAAGACUGGAGAAUGGUCAUCAUUGAAGUCGCUUGAGCGGAUGCUGAGAUUGCGUCAUUUGCCCCCAUACAGCCCCCAUUGUCUUCAGCUUCUUUCCAUGACAGCAGCACCAAACAGCAGUACUGGAAAGUCUAUCCAUUACUGCUCAGUUCAUUUAAAUGUAAAUGAAACAGUUAAUAUUUAAUAGGGAAGCAGUGCAUUGCAGGUACAUGUUUGCUGUGCUGUUUAUCUUUGUCUCCUAGCAGGUCAACAUAACUUGAAGAUUUGUCUUUAUGUGGAACUGUGGUCUGCUGUGACUAAAUUUAGACCUCAUUUGUGCUCUAUAUAUGACCUUUAAUUCAUAAAUGAAACCAGAAUUAAAAUGCUGAAAGGUCCUAGUGUUGAAAAAUUAUUAAGUGGAAUCACCCAACCGGUUACAAUGUGCUAUCUAUGCUGAUAUUGUGAUGUGCUGUUCAGAAAUAAACCAGUGCAGUUAGCCGAAGGUUAGGUGGUGUUUUUUAAACACAUGCACGCCAGGGCUUGGCGUGGUCGGUGGUAGCAGAACCAUUAUUACCCUGCCGGUACCUUCCGCGGUAGCAUGUGGCCUGUCAGUUCUUCAAAAUGGCAAAACACACGAAUGGAAAUGGACAAAGCGACCUUAAAAAAUUACCUGCUUAAUUUUAAAAUGAUAUGCCAGAAACAGAGUAAAAAUUUUCAAGGCAAAUGGAACAUGGUUUGUAAGAUGAGUUGCAUGACUGGAAUUUUCUUUUUUAUUUUCACUCAAUAGACAUUGUAUGUACUUAGAGCCCAGUAUCUGAGAAAACCCACUGAUGUAUAUAAAUGUCCUAUUAUUUAAUCAUUAAGAUUUAAGUUUUCUGGUAAACAAAUUGAAAAAAACUUUCUAAGGGACUCCAUAAAAGCUGAAGGUAAUGUUUAGAAUGGUUUAAGAAAAGCAUUGAAAAAUGUGGAUUCCAAAUGGAAAAUCGUAUUGGACACAUGCUGAAUAAAAUCACCAGUAUAAUUUC